CACAAUAAGACGAUUACACUAUCGCUCGCCCGCAGCGACGGCGGGCGGGUCCUCGACGUCGUCGUCGCCGCCGCCGCGCUGGUCGUAGAACCAGCGGUACCGCGACGCCUCGAGGCCGUCGAGGGGGCCCGCCGCCGGUUUCGACGAUUGCGCAGAAAGGUAGGGGUCGUGCGCGCGAACGGUCGCGACGACGGCCGCGAACGAGUGCGGCUCGCUUACCGCGAGGUCCGCGAGGACCUUGCGGUUCAGGUCUAUGUCUGCCGUCCGCAGGCCGCAAAUCAGCCGGUUGUAGGCCACGCCGUGCUCUCGGCUCCCCGCGUUGAUGGUCCGGAUCCAGCUCUUGCGCAUCUCGCGUUUUUUCACCUUGCGGUCGCGAAAGGCGUACUGCCAGGCCUUCUCGACGCGCUGCACCGCAAUCCGGAAGCAGUUCGUCCUUCCGCGGUAGCCCUUGGCGAGCUUGACGAACUUCUUGUGCUUGCGGCUCGCGAAGUCGCGUGCGGGCACCAGCGGCGCGCGGGCCGCCGGCGCGAGGAGGCGGCGCGCGGCGAGCAUUGCUGCGACUUCACGCCGUGGCGGGGUGUGGUCCUUCUUGACGCGCCGCGUCGGCGUCAGCGACGGCAGCCUGAGUGGCUUGAGUGCUGCGGCGCUCGCGCUUGCGGGACCUAGGCUACCGUGAAUUUGCUGUGAGGGCUCGAGAACGUAUCGCGGCCCGCAGCGGCGCGUCAGCUCGCGUCAGCUCGCGGUUCAGCCGUGUAAUC